AUGAUGGCCAUGAAGACCUGCUCUCUGCUGUUGGUGCUCUUGUUUCUGGCAGUGGGGCUGGGAGAGAAGGAAGAGUCUUUCUCCAGAUCCCAUGCAAAGGUUCCUGGCUCCCGACCUCUAGGACCAAGGUAUGCAGAGGGAACUUUCAUCAGUGACUACAGCAUUGCCAUGGACAAGAUCCACCAGCAAGACUUUGUGAACUGGCUGCUGGCCCAGAAGGGGAAGAAGAACAACUGGAAACACAACAUCACCCAGAGGGAGGCCCAGGCCCUGGAACUGGCUGGGCAAUCUCAAGGGAAUAAGGAGGCACCAGAGCAGCAGAGCUCCCUACCCAAGAACCCUGGUGAUGAAGAUCUACUAAAGGAGUUGUUGAUUCAAAAGCUGCUGGCCUGGAUGGUGGACCAGACAGAGCUCUGCACACUCAGGUGA